UUAGAGAGCUUCGGGGCGCCGUGCCGAGCCCGCUCCGGGUGACCGAGCUCCCAUUCACUCUCCUGGCGAGCGGCCGCGGGGCCUUCUGGGGCUUGUGGUCUCUGGGCCGUGGCCCUGCUCUCCACCCCUAAGGGUAGAAGGGAGGACGAGCUGGGCAGCGUUCCAGGCUCCCGGUCCGGCGCCGGGCCGCCAGGGCGGGCACUCAGGCUUCCCCCGCUUCGAGAGGGGGCUCAGAGUCCCAGCCCCAGAGCUUCCUUCCCCGCCUGCACUGGCUCCCGGCGGAGGGCGCCCUCCCUCCUCUGCUGGAGCCCCGAAGGGACAAAAGCCAGGAUGGAUGAUCAAGCAUGGUAUUUGAGAACUUCAAAGCUGGCUCUGGCUGUGGCCAUUAUCCGCUCAAAACCAGCAGACAAAAGCAGCAGAGAAUACACAGAGCACCUUGCGAAGGUGGUGUCUGAGCAGGAGUCAACAUGGAGAUCAAAAGUCGAAGCCUUGGAAACUGAAGUUCUGCAAUUACGUCAAAAACUUCUUCUGAGCAGGAUGUGUUCAGGAUUGCUUGAGACUGGAGACCCAUCUUCCCAAUUUCAAGCUCAGGAACCUAGCAGUUCUGAAAAUACAUUAAAUCUGCUGGAAGAUUCUGGGUGUGAUUUAUCAAAUGAGCAGAGAAGUGAACCUUCAGAGAUGUCCCAGAAUUUUGUGGAGAGCUGCACCCCCACACCCCCUCUACCACUCCCCAUUGUGAGAAGACAUUGUGCCACUGUGGAAAACCCUCUGUCUUCCCACAUGCAAUUCUUGCAACAUCUACUUGAACUGAAGAACUUGACAGAAUCAGGGAGUCUGAAAACAGACUUAAGCCACUUUGAAAAUGACUUUUCCACAGUAUCUCAUUCUGUUUGUCAGUUGCUGGAUGGCCUGAUCACUUUUUACCGUAAACCCAAAUUUCCUUUUUCGAGCUUUUGGACAGAAGCUGUUGAUACUUUAGCUGGACUGAUCAGUGAUUGUAACUUAUCUAAUCAUAUUCUUAAAAAGUGUUCCAAGAAGUUGGAAGAAUUUGAGAAAACCCUACUACAGGUUAUUUUAAGGAGCAACCAUAUAAAUCGGUUUCAGGUGCAGCACCAUGUGUCUCAGAGUCUGGUAACCCUGGGAAGUUGCAGCUUGUUGAGAAAAUCUAUAAUAUCUCAGCUUUUAUCAGAAGUAAACAGCUUCACUGACAUUCUGGGUACCAUCAAUCAGGUGCAAGCCAGUUAUGUGACACACUAUGAAAAUAUCUUCUCCCUGUUCUGGGUUCUGGAGCAGCUUCUUCAAAAGGAAACCAAAGAAGGCAACACUUCAGGUAUAGGGCCUGAAGACCAAGAAAUCCAGAAAUUUCUUCAAAAGCAUGAUGAAACUAUUUUCCAACUCUCUGAUGCAUUUCCUUUAUUUACCUUUUAUUUAUGGAGACUAGGCAUUCUCUUGAACUCAGUUGAAACUGUUGAAAAUAACUCACCUCCUUAGCAAUUUACUAAAUGUCAGAAGCAUACUGAAGUAUGAAGAUCUUCUGCUUAAAAUAUUUUCAAUAAUGUUUUUUAAAUGAACAUUUUAAGUGGAUCUCUAAACAUAAUCAUUAAUUCAAUAGUUUUAAAUUGUGUAUAAAAGAUUAUGAGUCCUAUUUCUAUACUAAAAUCAGCCAGUUUCAGUUGAGAAUGCCCUUAUUUCCAUGUAACUGUAUUUUACAAUAUAUUACUCAAUAUAGUCUAGCUCUAUUAUUCUCUAUAGUGGACAUUAAUUGCCUAUCUCAUAAGUGAUAUUUACAUUUUAAAAGAUUUAUAUGUAAUAGAUACUAAAAGGGAACAGAUCUUAAAAGUUUUGCUGCUUUAUCAACAGUCUUUCAGUGGUUAUAAGUGAAAUUUUUAAACAUUUUUUUACAUAGUUUCACUUACAUCAUUGUCUAUCAGUUUAGAGGGAGUCAUGUAGAAGAGUCUUUUACAUUUAUAAACCUAAUGCCCCUCAGUAUCAUAAAAUCAACAUACCUGUCAAGUCAUCUGAAAGUACUAACUCAUUGCUUAAAAUGUUGUUUUCAUUUUGUUUACUGUAUAUAAUAUUCCUGUUAUUAAAAUGUAGUUAAACCAUGUAUUUUUAAGUCAUUAAUAUUUUACAAAUUUUUACAAAUCUAACAUCUGUCCAGAAAUAUACUUUAUACUUACUGAAAGUAUAUUUAUACUUAUUAAAAGUUUUAGUUGAAUUUUCCAGUUACAUCGACUUUAUUUCAAUUAUUAAAAUCAUAACCAACUAGCUUAACAAGUACACAUUAUGCACUUUCCUAUGGUGCAAUUUAGGGCACAACAAAUACAAAUUUGCUUUCUUAAUUAUGUGUGAUACUGUUUCAUAAGUUAAUUACCAUUCUUAAAUGCCACUGGUCUUUGAAAAAAACAAUGUAUAGAAAAGUAUAUCAUCAUCUACCAUAGUUAUUUUUGGAAUUAUUUCUAGCUUUGUAGAAAACUGUUUUUUUAUACUGAAACUCAACAUAUGUACCAUUCACCUAUUGUUAUGAAACAAACUACUACAAAAUCUCAGUGGCAUACAACAAUAAAUAUUUAUUUCUCAGGUG